AGAACGAGUUAUUUUCAUACAGAACAGGAAGUUUUUCCGUAAUCAGAGGCGGCCUCGGGCGUAUUCUCUCAUAACGCAGUCGCUUUAGUUUAGACGCAACAGUUUGGAAAUCUGUCUGAAAUGUUUUCUAAUGACAGAUUCUUUCUAUUCUGAGACUGACGGUGUGACAGUAAACUUUAAAAAUGAUACUUCAUCGAGCGGUUUUGACGUUAAUGUGUGUGUCGCUGUGUUCCACGGUGAGGAUUUCAACAUGGCCUCCUCUUAACUGUUCUCGACAGGGUUUGAGGUGUACAGUCAGCACAAGUAACUGUUUUGACAGUCAAUGGCUGAACGCGUAUGAAUACACUCCCAGCAGUCCAGAGGACCUGGAGGUGUUUGUGCACACCAGGCAGGAUGAGACAGGACACCUGCAACCUGUACUGCUCGCUAACUGGACGAUAAAGGAUGAUGGAAGUAUCUCUUACCUGACAGCCACUGAGCUUCAUGUUCUGGUGAAGUCCACCAAUGAGUACCUGUGUGUUCGAUAUACUUUCAAAGACAAACUCCAAAUGAGAGAUCUAGAUCACAAGAAGUGGUCGUUCUCAGCAAACAUGCUGGAGUUGGACCCUGGCCAGACAUACCAUGUCUCUGUCUUCAACAUCCCCAAACCAGAGCUGGGCCACAGCAGCUACGACGUCAGCAAAGAUAUCCGUGUUCCUGGUUGUAAAGACCCUGAAAUGCAGAGGAGCCAGUUCUGUAUAGAGAGAGGAAGUCUUUGGCAGUCUAACAUCAGUCUGACAUACAUCCCUGCAGUCAGAGGAAGAUCUGCACUGGCAGUUAGCUUCAGUCCUGACAGACUCUGUGAAGAGUACAUAGUUAUUGUGAACUGCCUCCAAGUCCAACAUGUGAACCCUAUAUACAAGGCCAACCAGACCACCCUCAAUGUGAUUUUCAGCCUUGAUAAAUGGCCGAGAUCCUGCUGUCAGUUUUCUGUUCAGAUCAAACCUCUUUUCCCACAAUGUGGCCAAGACUGUGCCCGUCAAAGUGCAACAAAGGACAUUUGUUCUGAUAUGCUGCCAGUAAAGCGACCAGAUGUCCCAGAUUCCUCUCAGCACCGAGUUGUUGCCCUGGGAGUGGUGUUUUUGUGUGUAGUGAUGUCAAUAAUUAUGUAUGCCCUCUGCAGGAAGCGAGGCAAACCAGGUGUUUCUGCAGCACCUGUGGGAGAAAAGAAACCACCGCAGCAGCUUAUACAACCCCCCAAAGUGCUGGUGAUUUACUCUCAGGACCACCAUCUUUACAGGGAUGUAGUGCUGAAGCUCUGCGCCUUCCUCCAGGCCAAGUGUGGCACCAAGGUGCUGGUAGACCUGCUGGACUCCACCAUGGUUGGCAUGGUGGGUCGCCUCCGCUGGUUGGAGUGGCAACGGCAACAGCUGAAAAAUCCUUCUGACAAAAUCCUGGUGCUGUGCUCACGAGGUGUCCAGGCAAAGUGGAGGGCCAUGUGUGGUCACGGUCGGGUGACACUCAGGGAAGACGUCCUCUCCCCUACAGAUGAUAUGCUCACCCCCUUUCUCAACCUCUUCCUACCAGACAUGCACCAGGCAGGCAUGCUGGGCAAGUACAUGGUGGCUUACUUCAAUGAAAUCAGCACAGAACAAGAUGUGCCAUCAGUCUUUGACAUUGCAGUCAAAUACAAGCUCAUGAAGCAUUUUGAAGAGCUGUACUUUCGCAUCCUAGACAUUGAGAAGUAUCAGCCAGGUCAGGUUAACCACAUCGAGGGCAUUGGUGGGGAUGAAUAUUUCAACUGUCCCUCAGGUAAAGCCUUGAUGAAUGCCAUUGAAUCCUUCCAGGCCUACCAGUUGGAAAAUCCUGAUUGGUUUGAGAAGGAGUGUGUGGACAAUGAGGAGGAGAUCAUGACAGAGGCCAACUUGCUCAUUGACCAGCUGCACAUCCCUCCAGUCCUAGAGUGUCUUCCUUUAAUCAGAGAUGGGCCUCCUGUCUACAUCCAAGAUGUAGAAAUCAAUGAAAAUGGCAAUAGUGUUCAUGUCCUAACCCCUGAACUCAACCCAGAGCACCAGCUUUUGUCAGUGGCAGAACUUAGACCAAUAGUGAACCCUGAGAGCAAGAAUCACUAUCCAUCUAACCUGGAUGAAGUGCUGACAGAUCACAUGUAUCCUCACAGCCCCAGUCCACAAUCUGUCUACAUAAAUGAUCCUGUUUUGAUCAAACCGCCACCACCAAGCCAGAACUGGCUCUCUGUUGAGGAGGAAUCCUCAGGUCAAAUUCCCAUUGAGCACAAGGAAAAGGAUUCUCUACUGCCUCUGAGCCAAUUGUCUGCUCAGAAAGACCACAGAAGCUCAGUCCUACAGGACUCCCUGAACUCAAACCCUCCUCAGUCAUCAGGGGUAAGCAUGGAGAGUAAAUAUCCCUCUUGGUCUGACAUCAGCCCCUCACAGCCUGUGGAGAUGGAAGAGGACGAGGUUCUGGAGCCCAGUGGAAAGGGCCCAAGCAGUGGAUCUGAUCAAGGCUACAUCUCUAAAAUAUCUUCCCAGCAUGAAGCCCCUUUCAAAGAGGAUCCACUGGUGGCUCUGGCAAAGCUGCAGGAGGAGCUGUUUCAGCAAAAUAUCCAAUACUCUGACAUUGGUCCUGAAGGGAACUGAUACUCAUAGUCCAAAGUCCAUCUGAAGCACCAAGACUUCCCAGACUUUAGUAGACAUCAUCAUAAGUGCCUGACUGUAGGAAGUAUUUUACAUGAAGUUUGUUGAUGACUCUGAAUAUAAUAACUUAUGUGUUAUUAUGCAUUGUUGUUCAUUCUUCGUAAAACAAAAGGUGGACAGCUGUGUACAUGUAAUCUUCUUGUCCAUCUUUCCUUUUAUUAUUAUUUUUAUUAUUUUGGACUUCCCCCGUCGUGUGUAUUAUAAAUCUUAGAACGCUAUGAGUUGUUGGUAAUUCUCCGAAGCAAAGCCUUCAGCAUGGUUCUGAAACUACAUAAAGGGCUAGCAAGACACCCCUCAAGGACUUGCGGAGUGGGACACAGUGGGACCACACCUUCCAGAUAUCAACUUCAAUCUGUCUACGUCACCUCCAACAUUGUGAAUUAGCUGUAUUUAGUGAUGGUUGGAUGAACUAUGUUGCGCCUGGUUUUCACUUACUUCAAGAGAGAUGUCAUUUUGGGAUUAUUUGCACUCAGUUUUCUUUGAGCCAACAUCUAGUGGCCAUUAGAAGAACUGCAGUUGAAUGAACUUCUUUGGAGUCAUAACUCAGCCAGGAGGUUGCACGGCUGGAUCACGAACAAGGCAAAACAACUGCACCCAAGCCCCAGGCUCUCAAGGGCCUGAAAGCUCCAGGUUCACCAUGUGGGAAGAGUAGCCCCAAGAAAAUCUAGUUAAAAUCUAGUUUAAGCCUUUAUUGUUUCAAUUAAUAUUGUGCUUACUUUAUACAUUUUCCUCAACAAAUGGGGUUAGAAGGGCCAUACUGAUUAUUUUUACUCAUUGGCACACUUAUGGGUAAAUGGAGCCCUGGGGGUGGUUUGUGAUCUGUGUAAGCAGUGCUUGCAAAUCGCUUUUGUAAAAACAGACCCUGUAUGAUUGUUGAACAUUGGUACAUAAUGUUGAAUCUAGAAAGAAGCCUACACUCUUUGGUUCUGAGGGACUCGUGACAAAAUCUGUUUGUUGAGUUUUUAAAUUGAUUUGUUUUACUGCUGUUAAACUGCAUUGAGGGAAAAAUUUUGAGAUAAUGUGAGGUCUUCUUUGUCCUUUUAUCCAUGGGAACAAGGCAAAUGCUCCAUAAAUGCAAGAUAUAUCAUAAAUAACAUUUUUAUCUGUGUGUUUUUGUAAGGCGUGUAAUGGCUGUAACUGCACUUAUCAAUCAUUUCCCUCCAUAAUAAAAUAAUCACUUUUUUCAGUG